AUGCAGAUCCUCUCAGAAGGAAAGGGGGAUAAAUUGUGCAGCGAGUCAGGAAACACAGAUCGGGAGACAUUGAUCCAGUACGCCUUAGAAAAGACGCACCAAAAUAUAUCGGAACUCUACAAUUAUACAACAGCGCUAGUGGAAAGUAUAAAUCGAUCCUGUGAGAGCUGUAAUGACUUAUUACUGCUACUCUCAGAAGCUAAUAUAGAACAACAUGCAAUAUCAAGGCACUCCUCGAUAAACGGAGUCGACCAGCUCACACAGCAAUCACUCAGAGACAUCGCACAAACAACUCCCGAAGUUAGUACUAUUCUCGAUAGGUUCGCAAAUGAUGGAAUCAAAUGCACCUUGGAGAAAAUUAAAAAAUAUACGAGGCGGGACGUGGCAGCUAGGGACACAUUACCAUCCGAGUUAUGCUCUCGCAAAAUGACGCCAGACGAACUCAUUUACACCCUCAAAUGGCUGCCUGUUACAAAAACAACCAAAAGGUCGAGAGAAAAAAUGCUGCGCAAAAACAUCAUAGAGGCUCACUUUGAGCUUGCCAACGCCAUACGCUUUCACAAGCAGCUGCAUGAGACUCAUGAUUUACCUGAAAUCGCAAACAGCGUACGUAUUAUGACGGCCGAUCGCAUUAUAAGGACCAAACGUAUCCUCUCCAAAUCGAUACGUGAACUCGUUGCCAUCGACAAGAUGUACGAGGAUUUCUUUUACGAGUACCUUAUCACCAAGAAACUGGCGGACUUCAAUGGCGUUUCGCAUAGCGAAACACAAAAGGCAAGAUCUGCUGAGGAUAUACAAGCCAUAAUAACUUCGCAUAACAGUAAAACAGAAGAAGAAUACAGGAGAAGCAAUGAGGAACGUUUGAAAAUGUGUGCCGAGGCAAUGGGAUCCUUGAUGAAAGAGCUGAUUAACAUGAUCCAGCUCCCUGCAUCUAACACUGCUAAAUAG